CCGAAGCCAGUCUUGCAGAGGAGUUGGAGUAGACAUUGGAUGACAGAACCCUGGGCCAUGCAGGGCGCUGAGGAAAUGGGGGCUGGGAUCCUCAGCCACAGCCUAUCAGUAGAAGCCCCUGGGGCCUGGUCUCCCCUGUUAACCAUUGGUUAGAGGGGGUCACUGCUGAAGUAAGGAAAUGCAGCUACCAAUACUUGGACAACCAUAAAACCUCACAAGCUUCAAGCCCACAGAAGAAUCUCCAAAUCUCAGAACUUCGCUGUCACUGCAUCCUAGAAUUUAAAACCCAAGACUUUUGGGCUCAAGGAAACCUGGGGAUUUUUAAGCCCGGCACCUUAAGAAGGCAGAGCCCCCACUUGCCAGCUCUGUCAUCUUGGGCAAGUUGCUCAACAACUCGGCACCUCCGUUUUCCCCAUCUGUAGGAUGGCUGUGAUGACAAGAUGGACCGCAACAGGCUGCAGUGAGGACUGAAUGUGAUCAUUUGUGAGAAUCAUUCAGCACUAUGUCUGGCACCUGGAAAACUGGAGAUCAAUGUCAGCUAUGGGGAUGAUGGCGGUAAUCUAGAAUCCUAAAACCUUGGAAGCUGGGAUUUGUCAAAGUAGAAAAUUGCAAAGGCUGAGGACCUCAGAAGCAUCAGGUCAUGGUAUCCCUGACUAUGAGGGGAUUGGGGUCCCAGGGGGCCUCUGGCCAUCAUGAGAAUGGAUGCAUUAACACCAGGGGUCUUGCCAGGACCUUCCCUGUAGGAUACCCUCCAGGUCUGAGUUCUCAGGCUCUACGACAUGAUGAGGCAAGACUUUUCUCCCUUUCCUUACUCAGUGAUGCUAAGUGGAUUCUAGGAGCCAGUGAUUCUCAGAUUCUUAGAUUCUGUGAAUUGUGGUGGUGGGGGGUAGAGACGGACUCCCUGCAUUUUUCUCCGUGAAAUAACUUCCAUGCCCCUCACCCUCUGUGGGAAGACAGGAUGCAGAGCUCCCCCUCCCUGGGCAGUAAGAGCAGUGCUGACCGUAUCAAUUCUCCCUAAGGAGAAACUGAGGCAUAGAGCAAAGCAAAGCUUCUGGAAACCCAGUCCUAUUCAGUUUCUUUCCCUGGUGUUUCCCGUUCCAUCACACACACAGAGUGAUGUCUCUACCUGCUUGGGACGCCUCUGUGAUUUAUUUGAGUUUUUUUCCCUUGUUUUUUUUUUUUCUAACUCUACACACUUUUGUUUAAAAAACUGUGGUUUCUCAUGAGCCCUGUUAUCUCAUUGAUACCUCUCACCUCUGUGGUGAGGGGAAGAAAUCAUAUUUUCAGAUGACUCGUAAAGGGCAAAGAAAAAACCCAAAAUUUCAAAAUUUCCGUUUAAGUCUCAUAAUCAAGAAGAGGAGAAACAGAGUGAGUGAGAGAGAGAGAGAGCAAGAGAGAGAAAAAACUAUGAGAACCCCCCCCACCCUGUGAUUAUCAGCACACAUACUCAUCGAAAAAAAAUUGGAUUAUUAGAAGAGAGAGGUCUGUGGCUUCCACACCGUGGUUUUUCUUCUCGGUAUAAAAGCAAAGUUGUUUUUGAUAUGCGACAGUUUCCCACAAGCCUGGCUGAUCCUUUUCUGUGAGUCCACUUCAAGAAGGUGAGUGUCCCUGCUCUCCCCCAUCAGAUGCAGGUCCAGUGAAAGAGAUGGCACAGAGGUAGGCACUGGCGGGGGGGGGGGGGGGCGCGGUGCAGGCAGGGGCCCUCCGGUACCAUCAAGACGCACACAACUACUGUGGUUCCAGUCAGGUAAGAUAUUUUUGACAAUAAUAAUAGUAAUAAUCAAUGCCAGAAGACUGAUAGGUAAAGUACUUAAUCAAUGUGUGGGCAGAGGCAAAGAUAAAUAAACUGAUAUAUAGAUGGGCAGGACUUUUAAAAUAUGCCAACUGCCCGUCUUUAUGAAUUCCCGAGCCUUGAACAACCUGAAACACUGCCCAGGUGUAACUGAAAAUUUCAACUACACCUCUCCCUCCUCUUUGUCUCUUGACUCCUGAUAGCUCCCAUCCCUCUCUGUCUGCUGUCUAUCCUGUCUAUCCUGUCUCCCUCUAUCCAUGUUGCUCUGCCCCUCUCUUUCUGUCUUUUUCCCAGGUACUCAGACUCUCCACCACUCUGUCUUUCUCUGGCUCUGCCCAGCUUCCCUGUCUCUGUCCGUCUAUCUCCCACUGUCUCUCCUGCUCUCUUGUCUAGCCUCCCCCACCUGCCUUCCCACCCACCAUCCAGCACAGAGCUUUGGACUGUUGGUGCUUAAUAAUAGUGUAUUGAGUAACGUUGAUGAAGACAUUUACAUUUUACAAGAGUGAGCAUCAGUUUUGUUUGCCCCGAUCGAAGGAGGGUUGUGAGCUGUCAAGUCAGGCUGAGCAUUUCAUUGAACUUGUGCUUGCAUGGUAUGAAAGACCCUCCUGGGGGGCACUUUGAGUCACUGGCAACCGUGAUUUAGCUCUGUGGUCCUACCCCAGGACUGUGUGUGUGUGUGUGUGUGUGUGUGUGUGUCCAGAGUCCAUGUCCAGGAACCAAGCAGUCGUUCAGCGCUGGGGCGAGCUCAUCUCUGCAGGCUUAGCAAGUGCUGACUCUUCACUGUUAGUAUUUUUUUUUUUAAACCAAGUUAGAACCACUCUCUCUGUUGGUAUUGUUCCUGCUUUAUUCAAAGAACAGGAGCAUUUUUGUAGAUCACUAAAAAUUGUUCCAACAGACGAUCUUUCAUGGCUGUCAAGACUGUCCUCACAUUGGUAUGAACCAUGAAUUGACCAAGUGCCAAUUAUUAGACGUUCAGGUUAUUUCUAGAUUUUCCCCAGAAUCAUCCCUGAUUAGUUCCUUGGAUUCCUGAAAAUGGAGUUGCCAGGGCAAGAUGUGUGUGCGUUUUUAAGGUUUCCGACCCUCUCUGCAAAUUGUUCUUCCAAAAGGUUGUCCUGUUUUAUGCUCCUUGUACUCGAGCUAGCCCCUGGGUGGGUAUUAUCAUUUUUAAGUCCUUUCUCAGCAUAACAGGUAAGAAAAAAUAUUACCACAUUGUUGAAAUUUGCAUUCUUUGAUUACUUAUACUGUUGAUCAUUCGUACUUUUUCUUAAGUCAUCUGGUCAUAUCCCUAGUCCUAAUAGAGUGUUCAUCAUUUUUUCUUAUUGAUUUGUCACAGCUUUUUAUUUAGAAAGGAUAUUAACCUUCCAAUAGCCAUACAUAUGUAGCAAAUAUUUUCCCCCAAUUUAUCACUUUUUAUAUUUGUUUAUGGAGUUUUGUGAUGCUAUGAUGUUUUUAUAUAGUCAAAUGGGUUACUCUUUUCUUCUGUGGUUACUGUCUCUGGUUUUAUGCUUAGAAAGUCCUUGAAAAUGAGAUAAAUGUUCGCCUGUGUUGGCUUCUAGUCUCUUUUAUGGCUUCAUUUUUUCCAUUUGCUGUGGAGGUUAAGAGUGUGGGUACUGGAGCCAGACUGUCUGGGACAAACCCAGCCUCACACCAAGUCAUCUGUGUGAUUUUUAGCUAGGCAUUUAACUUGUCUGUACCUUCAUUUCCUCAUAUGUACUGUGAUGAUUCUAGUAGUACCUACCUCAAAGAGUUGUUAUAAGGAUUAAAUAUCUUAACCAUGUUAAGUGCUUAGCAUAGAGUCUGGCAUUCAGUAAACCCAAAGGCAGCAUUAGAUAUUAUCAUUUAUCUCUUUAAUAGAUCUGGAUUUUAUUGCAGGGUCCAUGAUCAUGACAUUUCAAACUGGGCAGAGAGGAAUUGGUGGGAAAAUGGACUGAUUAUUCAUUGAAUAACUUUAUUUUCCCCUUAAUUGUCCCAGAAACACUUGUUAAACAAUAUAUUCUCCCCUGUCUCCCAGUUUGAAAUGCCACAUUCAUCACAAACUCGAUUCCCUCUAGAUAUUGGUCUGUGAUUGAGCUUCCCAUUUUGUUCUGUUCCUCAGUGUCUGUUCUUAUACCUGGGCCAUCCUGAUUUGCUGAUUGUUGCUUUGCAGUACAAUAUAUUCCCUGGCCAUAGGUCCCCAGCAUCUUGCCCUUCCUUAUUCCUUGUUAUUUGAUGCAGCCUCAGUUCCUCCAGCCAAAAACCAGCUAACAGUAACUGUUCUUAUCUGGGGCAUCCCUCUCUGUCUCUGUCACUGUCUCUGUCUCUGUCUCUCUCUCUCUCUGUCUCUCUCCAUCUCUAUGUGCUGUUGUUUCUGUCUCUUGUCCUUUUUGUUUCUCUCAUUUUCUGUCUCCCUUUUUGUGUGUACUUCUAUGACUUUCUGCUCCUAUGAGUUCCCCUCCCCCAUCUCUGUCACUCUGUCUCUCUUUCUCUCAGCAUCUCACACUCUCUGUUUAUCUCUGUCCCACCUCAUGUUUCUCCCAUCUCUCUGUAUCUCUUGUUCUCUGGGUCUUUCUGUUCCCCUAUGUCUAUCUGUCUGUCUCUUUCUGUUUCUGUCUCUAUGUAUCCCUGUCUCUCAGUCCCCUGGACAGAGGGGCAGCUGUCAACUUGAUGCCCUGCAGACAGAUGAACAACUCACCCAGACACAAAGUAGAAGGGCCCUGGCCCUCAUCUACUCCAUGCCUCUCCCCACCCAGUGUACAAAGGGGCAAAUUGAGGCCCAGAGAUGGGCAGGAGGGCUUCUCCCAAGGCCUCACAGAGAAGCAGAGGCAAAGUUGAGACCCAAGCUCAGACCAUGGGAUUCUCAGUGAGACCCUGGUUCUGUCUGCCCCCACCAUGGGCCUCAGUUUACUUCUCAGCACCCAUGAGGGGAGGAGGGGGAGCUGAGCUGCCUGCCAGCUGCUGCCAUUCCUCCUUCUGCCUUCUCAUGACUUGGGCCCUUACUCAGGCAGGAGGCUCUGUGGCCACAUGGGCCAGUGUAGGGCCCAGCCUCACAAGAGCUAGUCUGGGUGGGGUCCCAUAGUCCCAUGGGUUCAGAGGCCUUUUGGCCAGAGGGUGGUGAUACUGGAGGGACAUAAGUCAGUCAAUGUAUCUGUGUCUAGCUAUGAAUAGAGCUUAGCCAUGUCCCGAGAGUUGACCCUGGCCCCUGGUAACUUCCAUCCUGGAGCCCCUCCAUAGAGCCUGGCAGUGGGCUCUCUACUGGCAAAGGCCGAGGCUUUUCCUGCUCCAUGCCAUGAGGCAGGCCCUAGCUGAAGGCACGCUGGCCUCUACCUCCCUGCCUCCUUCCCUAUCCCUCAUGGAAUGGCUAUGAGUGUGGGAACAUCAUCCCAGAAUGGACAGGGAGACUGAGGCCCUGUACAUGUUCAUUUACCGAGCUGACAUUUUGUUAAGCAUUUCAUGUGCAUUAACUUUAGAAGAGGGGUACUAUUACUGUCCCACUUUACAUAUGAGCCUGAGGAGAGUUAUAGCUAGUUAGUGGCAUAGCCCAGCCCCAGGCUGGGGGAAGGAGAGGAGAUGAUUCUGACCCUCCUGCCUUCACAGAACUUAGGAGGGAGGCUAAGAGGAGACUUGCUACAAUUCCAAGCCUGGUAAGCCAGAGACCCUAUGAAGUAGUGACCUUCCUGUCCUUCAGGGAGUUCUAGUGAGUUUGGACACCAUUGACAUUGGCCUUCCCGUAUUGAGAGGUUGGACCCCUGAACCCCAUAGAGUGGGUUUGAGAUUCUGAGAUCCUUUGAACCUAAGAAAUGAUGUUCUGUGAUUCUGAAGUAUAGUGAUUCUGAGGUUCUGUGAUUCUGGCAUAGUACCAUUUGAAGAUCCCCAGGGUCCCAAUACCUGUAGGCUCUACAUGGUACUCCCCAAGCAUCAAACCUUGGGCCUCUCCAUGGCCCAAGAAGGGCCAGGUCUACAGGGCCCAGGGCUUGUCAUGGUGGCCAGAUGGACGUCACUCACCACAUCCGCAAGCACCCACAUCACCCCCACCUGGGCCAAGCCAGCUGCAGGAUGGGCCAGCCAAUUCUCGGAACGAAACCCGUGGGGUGGGGUAUCUGCCCCCUUCUCUUCCUCCUUGGUGCCGAUGAAGCCCAGUGCAUCCGGCCGCCAUGACGUCAAUGGCGGAAAAUCUGGGGAAGUGACAACAGGGCCCAGAUGCAGACCCCGAUAUGAAAACACACUCUGUGUCCCAGAAACAUCCUCCAUGCAGCUUCUGAGAAACAGUCAGAAAGGGACGCCCCAACAGACGAUGCAGGAAGCCGGCUGCCCAGCCCGGCCCUCCAGGUUCCCCACCACCAGACAGACCCUAUCUAUGUCCCCUUUCUGAGAAUGUAUUGAUGCUUCCCUGAGUCUGGCCAUUCCAGAUGUGUUUGGGGAGGAGAUUUCUUAUAAGCCCCAGCCAAGUGUCCAGGCAGCUUCAGAAGUGACCACAGGCCAGCGAUGUGGGCCAGGCCAGAGUGGUAGAAACCAUCUAUAAACUGACCAAAAAUCGGUAUUCAUUUACUCAGUUUUCUGUAACAAAUUACCACAAACCAGGGGGCUUAAACAACAGAAAUUUAUUGUCUCACAGUUCUGGAGGCCAGGAGUCCGAGAUCAAGGUGCAGGUAGGGUUGGUUCCUUCUGACGCUGCGAGGGAGAAUCUGUCCAUGCCGCUCUCCUAGCUACUGGUGGAUUCUUGGCAGUCUUUGACAUGCCUUGGCUUCUAGAAGCAUCACCUCAAUCUCUGCCCUCAUGCAUUUGUUCACCUCCUCAUGGUCACUGAGUUCUGAGCCUCCGUAGACCCAGGCUCUUGAUUCUCACUCAGUAAUGUUCUAACCCCGAGAGCCUAAGAAUUUAGUACCUGGUUUCUCACUUCCAACCUCCCUCUGCACUAGAGCUCUGUCAACCCCUGUGAGCUCACAGUAAAGAAAGGAAGGAGCGACUGUUCCCAUAAACCCUCCUUGUGCUGGCCUAGGCUACUAUCGGCAGCUGUGUGCCUAACCCAGUGCUGCGGGGUGGGGAUUCUCUCUCUCUCUCUCUCUCUCACACACACACACACAGCCCCACAUCAGGGGCCUUGUGAAAUGUGCACACAUGCACACUUUCUGGAGAAAUAUAUGGAGCUCUCAAGUUGCCAUGGGACUGUGAAACGCUGCACCUGGGUGUCCCCUUCAGUAAAACGGAGGCUGGACUAGGCAGUCCCUUCCAGCUCUGGCUUCCUCUUAGACUGGGAUUCCGAGAAACUGAAGCCCUGCCUGUUGCAGAGUGUAAGGUUCUGGGGCUCAGCAAAGGUGCCUGGAGCCAUUAUGGAGGACUUUCUGGAUAGGGUUCAGAUAGGGCAUAUGGAGGAAGAGCAGACUUUCCAGGCAGGGCAUAUAGCACGAGUGCAGGCUUGGACAGCAGAGUUGGGAUAAACUCUGGUGGGGGCCGAGUCAAGAUGCUCCCACAGGCCUUGGCUCAAGAGAGCCGGUCUCUCCUCUCUGGCACCUGCCAUGUCAGCUCCGUUUGGGGCAAGAGCCCAGAGAUGAUCAGACCCCGCCCCUGCCUGGGCCCCAGACUCCUGUACUCAGCUGCCGCUCAGUAUUUCCACUGGCAUGUCUAACACCAGACCCUUUGUGUCUAUCCACACCUGGUGUCCUCACCCCCAACCUUGCUUUCCCCAUUGUCCCUAUCUCAGGUGAUGUCCGCUCUGUCCUUCCAGCUGCUCAGGCAAAUACCUGGAGGUCACCUUGACCCUCCCUUUCUCACCACCCCCCACCACAUCCAAGCUGCCAGCAAAUUCUCCUGACUCCACCUUCAAAACACUCAAAAUCCACCUACUUCUUACCAUCUCCACUGCCACCACCCUGGUCUGUGCCCCAGCUGUCACUUGCUUGGAUUAUCACAGGAGCCUCCUCACCAGUACUCCUGUUUUCACCUUCCUAGAGUCUGUCCCUCUCACAGCAGCCAGAGGGAUCUUGAGUCCAUGCCCCCCUCCACUCUUGUGUAUGCCAGGUCACUGGGAUAAAAUAAUGCCACCAGGAGAGUCAUGGACCAGUCCCAGCAGGAUCAGCAAAGGUCACGUGGCCUGUGCAGAGUGCAGAGAGGCCCAGGUGGCUGAGGCCUGGAGACAAGCCUCAAAUGGUUGUGGAAAAAAGCUGAGACCUGCCCUGGCUGAGGCCCCACAAACCACCCCAAAUCCCCCAUCUCCCUUGUGGAGGACAUAUCGCCACCAGGGCUGUGCCAGCAUGCACAGGCAAGCCGAGUGCUGGACCAGUGCACAUCUGCACACGGGGCAUGUGUGGAGACACACACAUACCUGUAUUCCUGACACCAAUGUGUGUGUGGUGUGUGCCACAUGUACACGUGACCGGUGCUGGGGUUCAGCUGGGGAGCCUUUGGGGACAUGCCCCAGCCAAUGCCUGCUCUGACCAACGGAGGUGCCCACGUGGUUCAGGUGGUUGAGCAGUUCACACACACACACCCCACAAGGGACAUGUGUAACUCCUUCCCCAUAUGUCCCCACAGCCUGCCCUCGGACAAGGACCCAAUGCCCAACCCCAGGCCAGCCAAGCCCUCGGCCCCUUCCUUGGCACUUGGCCCAUCCCCAGGAGCCUCACCCAGCUGGAGGGCUGGACCCAAGACUUCAGACCCGCUGGGGGCCAAGGGCCCAGGGGCAACCUUCCAGGGCCGGGACCUCCGAGGCGGGGCCCAUGCCUCCUCCUCUUUGAACCCCAUGCCACCAUCACAGCUGCAGCUGCCUACAGUGCCCCUAGUCAUGGUGGCACCCUCUGGGACACGGCUGGGCCCCUCGCCCCACUUGCAGGCACUCCUCCAGGACAGGCCACACUUCAUGCACCAGCUCUCAACGGUGGAUACCCACGCUCGGACCCCUGUGCUGCAGGUGCGCCCACUGGACAGCCCAGCUAUGAUCAGCCUCCCACCACCCACUGCUGCCACUGGUGUCUUCUCCCUCAAGGCCCGGCCCGGCCUGCCACCUGGAAUCAACGUGGCCAGCCUGGAAUGGGUGUCCAGGGAGCCGGCACUGCUCUGCACCUUCCCAAGCCCCAGCACACCCCGGAAAGACAGCACCCUUUCAACCGUGCCCCAGGGCUCCUAUUCACUGCUGGCAAAUGGUGUCUGCAAGUGGCCUGGAUGUGAGAAGGUCUUCGAGGAGCCAGAGGAUUUCCUCAAGCACUGCCAGGCGGACCAUCUCCUGGAUGAGAAGGGCAGGGCACAGUGUCUCCUCCAGAGGGAAGUGGUGCAGUCUUUGGAACAGCAGCUGGUGCUGGAGAAGGAGAAGCUGGGUGCUAUGCAGGCCCACCUGGCUGGGAAGAUGGCUCUGACCAAAGCUCCAUCCACGGCGUCAUCCGACAAGGGCUCCUGCUGCAUCGUGGCCACUGGCACCCCAGCCGCCACUGGCCCAGCCUGGCCCAGCCCCCAGGAGGCCCCUGACGGCCUGUUUGCUGUGCGGAGGCACCUCUGGGGCAGCCAUGGAAAUAGCACAUUCCCAGAGUUCUUCCACAACAUGGAUUACUUCAAGUUCCACGACAUGCGGCCACCGUUCACCUACGCCACCCUCAUCCGCUGGGCCAUCCUGGAGGCUCCCGAAAAGCAGCGGACCCUCAACGAGAUCUACCACUGGUUCACACGCAUGUUUGCAUUCUUCAGAAACCACCCCGCCACCUGGAAGGUGAGGUCCUUUGGGGUGGCGGUGGCUGGGAGGGCCUCAAAUGCCACCGUGGUGCUGCACCAAGUUCAGGAGUGGGAGGGCCUGAGGCUGGGCUUGCAGGCAUGCUGGAAAGGGGCAGGAGGCCGGUUUUUGGUGAGUAGUGCUGACCUUGGAGGAUGGUUGCCUACCCAUCUCCCCUGCCCCUGGCCUGCCCGGCCUUCCUUCCACAGAAUGCCAUCCGCCACAACCUGAGCCUACACAAAUGCUUUGUGCGGGUGGAGAGUGAGAAGGGGGCCGUGUGGACCGUGGAUGAAUUCGAGUUCCGCAAGAAGAGGAGCCAGAGGCCCAGCAGGUGUUCCAACCCCACACCUGGCCCCUAAUCUCAAGACCAAGGAAAGGAGGAAGGAAGGACAGGGGCCGAAACGGGGGACAGGGUGGGGGUGGUGGAAGUGGCCUGGGGCAGGGGUGGCAGGCCCCAGAUGUGCCCACAGGGACCAAGAAGUGAGGGGUGCGCAGUCUUGCCUGCCAGGGACCCUGAUCCUCAGCUGACUACCCUCCUAGAUCAUAUGCUCUGCACCAAGGCUGCUCACAGAGGCCUGGCUUCCUACAAGCUCUUUAGCCAAACUGAGCCUUUGCAACCAACCACACACAUGGCCUGCCUCAGUCACUCUCCCAGAUGACCCUGGGGGCUCAAAAAGACACACAGGCAGUCACAGUCCUGUCCCUCGGAUGCAAUACAAGCACCAAAACACAUAGAGCCUGCCACAGCACACCCAGGCAACCUCAAAUCUGCAAUCACGCAGACGAUCGCACCUGAGCACAGUUCUGUCAGCCCACAUACCCCAAAGCACACACCCACAACCAUCCUCCAGGCCCACAGGUACAGGGCCACACGGGGUGUGCCCAAGCAGCCUUGGUAGCUUCAGGAUCUCAGGACCCAAAGAACCACACAGACACAUACCAGUCACACACAUCCUCCGGCAGCUCGGAACAAAUCCUCUUGGUCACACAGCCCAUCAGAACACACCUGUGCAUCUCACAUGUGCGCACACCCACACAGCGCCACAGUGGAUUUC